GUCUAUUUAUAGUUUAUGGUAUACGACAACAUACCACACGUAUACUACGUUGGGUAUAUAAAACCAAAGACCUGUUCCAACCUGACAGUUCUUCGUCGCCAGGAUAUACUCAGGUUCUUAAUGAAGUGGCUGGUUCUUGGCAUCCUCUUGGCCGUCCUGUCGACGACCCAAGGCCGCAACCCUGAAGAUGGAAAGGUUGUGGCAGCCCAUACGACAAGGACGGCCAUCGUGUUAACGACGUCCACCACAGUGAGGCCGUUCACCUGCGCCCUAGCCACUAAUCCUGAAGUGUGCCAGAAGAGGCGAUUCCGUCGCUACUCUGCUAUCGCCGAUCAACUGCUGGAAAACGAUGGACCAUCAUUAGACGGAUCACUGCUGGGACUGGUUGAUCAGGACAGUGAAAGCAGCGCCCGUAAACCACGUAUAGCCCUCAACAUCAUCUUCACCACCUCCUCAACCUACACCGUCACCGCUACCUCCACCAACCGCGCCAUCACCUUUUCUCUGUCCUUCUUCUGCACGGUCAACGGUGCAAGCUAUCCCCCCGCCUGUGGCUAGACGCUGGAAGACGAAGCUCACAGAAGGACAAGGGCCAGGACCAUCAGGAUGCUGGGGUGUGUGUGUGUGUGUGUGUGUGUGUGUGUGUGUGUGUGUGUGUGUGUGUGUGUGUGUGUGUGUCAGGAGUGGGAUUCUCUUACAGGUGAAUUGUCUUAUAAAUACGAUACUAUUUACUGUACCUAUGUGAUUACUUCUUGAUUUAAAGGCCAGAUCGUCUGAGUCGUAAGGUCAUUAUAAUAGUAAUAUUACUGCUCAUAUUACUAAUGUUAAUGAUAUUAUAUUUAUUGGGUAAUAGAAUCAAGGCUUUUACCCCAAAAAUUUAUUCAGAGCCUUUCCUAACUUUUAACUGUUGAUGAUCAGUGUAAAUCCUAAACAAAUUACGAGCUAAAAGAGGAUGAAGCGCAGUUAUAACAUUGUAACGUUAACUGAGGCUUAUCUAAGUACACCAAAAUAAAUUACUCUUUAAUAUCAUAUACCUGACCACUGUAAAGCUUAACCUACAUAUCCUGUGAGAUCUCUGGCCCUUCACGAUGACUGAAGUCUGUCUUCAGAACAUGUUUCUCAUCGUACUGUAUAAUGUACCGGUAAAUUCUUAAGCAUAAUGUGUUUCCUUACAGGGGUCAAAUGUGUAAAUAUAGAAAUAUAUGCUUAAUUCUU